AACGUGUCACCAAAAACAACAAGGCAACGGAAAGCAUUUCGUGUAACAUGUACUUCCGGUUAGUUCAAUCGCGCUUUUUGCACCAAAACAUUGAACUAACUUCUUAAAUUUACUGAUUAUAUGUAUCGGGUUUUUGUACGAAGACAAGUAACGCUUGAGGGGGACAGCUUGUUGUCUGAAGAGCGUCUACAUAUUAGUUGGCAGUUUACUGCGUUGGUCGCUGCUGGUAGCUCCUUUGGAGAAGGUGCAUUGUGCAAGUGGGGUAAUAAUAGUUUGUCAAAACAGUGGAGCUACCAGUGCUUUGUCCCCUCAGCAAGGCUGAGUCGGUUCACACGGUCGCCAGUGCCGUGAGCUUGACGCGGCUAGGAUGAAUUUAGAGUUGUUGGAGUCUUUUGGUCAGAACUACCCAGAGGAGGCUGAUGGAACUCUUGACUGCAUUAGCAUGGCUUUGACCUGCACUUUCAACAGGUGGGGCACACUACUUGCUGUUGGCUGCAAUGAUGGCCGUAUCGUAAUCUGGGAUUUCCUUACAAGAGGCAUUGCAAAAAUCAUCAGUGCACACAUACAUCCUGUUUGUUCUUUGUGUUGGAGCAGAGACGGUCACAAACUAGUGAGUGCAUCAACUGAUAACAUUGUAUCGUUGUGGGAUGUCCUUUCAGGUGACUGUGAUCAACGUUUCCGGUUCCCUUCACCAAUCCUUAAAGUUCAGUUCCACCCUAGAGACCAAAACAGAGUACUUGUUUGCCCAAUGAAGUCUGCACCGGUCCUGUUAACGUUAUCUGACUCAAAGCAUGUGGUAUUACCUGUAGAUGAUGAUUCAGACUUGAAUGUAGUGGCAUCUUUCGACAGACGUGGCGAGUACACUUACACAGGAAAUGCCAAGGGAAAGAUUUUAGUACUGAAGACAGACACACAAGAGUUGGUGGCCUCCUUCAGAGUAACAACGGGGACUAGCAAUACAACAGCUAUUAAAUCCAUUGAGUUUGCUAGGAAAGGCAGCUGCUUUCUAAUUAACACAGCAGACAGAAUUAUAAGAGUGUACGAUGGGAGAGAAAUUCUAACAUGUGGGCGUGAUGGCGAACCAGAACCCAUGCAAAAGCUACAGGACUUAGUGAACAGGACUCCUUGGAAGAAGUGCUGUUUCUCAGGAGAUGGAGAGUACAUCGUUGCAGGCUCUGCUCGGCAGCAUGCCCUGUAUAUUUGGGAGAAAAGCAUAGGAAACCUGGUGAAAAUCCUUCAUGGUACUCGUGGGGAAUUACUUCUAGACGUUGCAUGGCAUCCAGUGCGUCCCAUUAUCGCUUCAAUUUCCAGUGGAGUCGUUUCCAUAUGGGCACAGAAUCAAGUGGAAAACUGGAGUGCUUUUGCCCCUGAUUUCAAGGAGUUGGACGAAAAUGUGGAAUACGAGGAGAGGGAAUCUGAGUUUGAUAUCGAGGAUGAAGAUAAGAGUGAGCCUGAGCAGACAGCAGUGAUGAAGAGUUUGAGGAUUGCAAAGCUUUGCUAUAUUUACCCAUUGCUCCUGAAGUUGAAGAUCCUGAAGAGAAUCCAUAUGGUCCUCCACCUGAUGCAGUGCAAGCAGGUUUGCUGGAAGAUGGAGGUGGUCAGGAGAAAAGACGACAGAUCUUGUCUGAUGGUACACAACCACCAAAGAAGAAAACAAAAACUACAGUUGUGGAGCUGCAGGGAGUGCCUAGUGAUGAAGUUCAUCCUUUGCUGGGAGUAAAAGGAGAUGGCAAGUCCAAGAAGAAACCAGGUGGCCGUCCAAAAGGAACUAAAGGUAAAGAGAAAGAUUCUCCCUUUAAAUCGAAACUCUACAAAGGGGAUAAAGUUUUACCUGCAGAAGAAGCAGUGAAGGGUAAAACGCAGGGAGAGCUGGGAAGGAUCCCAACAGGAGGAGCAGCCAGUGCUGGUGCGGUCUCAGAACUGCUAUGAAGUAGUGUCUUCAUUAAUUGGUUAAGUUCAUGGUUGGAUUUACACUCUCGUGUAGCUGACUUUGUGCCAGAGCUGAACCUGUACAUUCUGGUCCAAUUUUAGACUGACUUGACUGAGUCCUCUUUAAUGAACAAUACAAACUUUUGAGAGGAACAUUCCUGCAUUUUUAAAGGUGAAAACUUGUGGAAAAUGAAUCUGUCUAUAAGAAGAAAAAGAUGAACAUUUAUUGUCUCUUUCAGCAGAGAAAAACUAGCCUAACAAUUUUUUUUCCCUUCAUAAACACUUAAAGACUUAAAGGGAAGGAUGUACAAAUGCCCCUUUUAAAGAAACAAAUAUAUAUUUUUCAGAUUUC